AACACGUGCACCGAAUACUCACAGAGAAAGCACAGCAUUGUGUCCGUGAAGUUGUCCCUCUCCUAUCGAACUGUUACAGUAUAUGUGUGAACAGUAGUAAGCCAAAGAGCACUUUGAGAUGGAACGCACCAUUUCCGUUUCAGACACAAAUUGCAAAUUCCUUGGCCCAGACAACCCAGGGACUCCAGCGGUUUCCGCAUCCAUGUUCGCGGCCGGGGUUCUUGGAAACAUCUUCGCGUUGUUUCUGUUGGAGAUACGACGUUGGAGGAAAAGUCGCUCUCUUUUUCACGUUUUGGUUACUGCUUUGGUUAUCACGGAUUUACUCGGGACGCUUGCUGUGAGCCCGGUAGUUCUUGCCGCAUACGUGAGGAAGGCGAGCCUGGAAAUGAUGGGAGGCAGACCUCUCUGCAACCACUUCGGCUUCAGCAUGACAUUUUUCAGCCUGGCCACCCUGUCCAUUCUGCUGGCCAUGGCUGUGGAACGUUGGCUCUCCAUUGGGCACGCGUACUUUUACGAGAGGUACAUUACCAAGCGCUGCGGAUACUUUACGAUUCCUCUCAUCUACCUAGUUUGCUUUGCAUUCUGUACACUACCUUUCGCGGGUGUUGGGAAGUAUCUGUUGUAUUGUCCCGGUACGUGGUGCUUCUUUGACAUGCAUCCUAAAGAGCGCCUAGGUCAAAUUUACGCGGGACUCUACGCAUCUGCUAUGCUCGUGAUGAUUCUGUGCACUGUGUUCUGCAAUGGAUCUGUCGGCUAUCAUCUGUUUGGCAUGUACCGGAGGAGAAAACACAAUCGUGGAUCGUUUCGAGGACCGCGAGGUCGUAAAAGAUACGAGUCCAUCACUAAGGAAGUAGAGCAUCUUGUCCUCCUCGUUGUGAUGACCGUUUGUUUUUUAUUUUUUUCUCUUCCGCUUGUGAUCCAGGUGUACACAAACUUCUUCCGAACUGAGACCAGCCAUGAGAAGGACCUCCAGAUGCUCCGCCUGCUCUCCUUCAACUCCAUCGUGGACCCCUGGGUCUUCAUCAUCCUCAGCCCCUCUGUCCUGCGCUUCCUGUGGGGGAAGCUGUGCCGGCGGCAGCAGCAGCCACUGGUCAGUGUGGAGAGGACCAUCCACACCACGAGACCCAUCAGGCUUGAUACCCCAGCAGAUGGUCACAAGCUGCCUGCACAGACGCCUGUUGCCCUCUGCCCGUGAGGAGUGACGACCAGAGAUAGGGCCUGGAUGGUCAAACGUGGUGCACUGUGUGGCCCACUGUGGCAUCCAUUCGCAGUGGAUGAUCCAGUCAGAUUGAGGGAUGUCCUCCUGACAGGUUGUGUCAGAGGUCAGAUGUGUGGUCACAGCUGUGGACCUACAUGCCUUUGACUAAAUGUGAGUGGACAGACUGCUCGAGGAGAGAGGACGGGACACAGUACAGAACGAUCUGAGAAGACAAGAACUAACUGCAAGAACUAAUGGAGUGCCAUCAUGACUGCAUGGACAAGAUGAGCGCGUCACUGCACAUCACUAUAAAUUCAAGAUAGCACCAGUGAUGAUUUUAUGAAGUUUUAAAUCACAAGCUUAAUCUAAUAAUGAUCAAGGCUAAACACAUUAAAUACAUGCGUCCAUGAAAAUAUAUCAGACAGCAUUUCCAUGCACACAAGGAAAAAGGAAACAAUUUAAAGGCACAAAAAUAAACUCCAAAAGGAGUUGUCAUGUCAGUUGAAUUGUACAGUGUAGUUCAGUUCAUGUUUCUGAUUUCAUUGUACACUGGGGGGGAUACAUAAAUAAUGUAUAUACAAAAUGGAUAAAUAAAUGAAACAAUCUGUGGAAAAAAACA